CGGAUCGCCGCCCCCUACUCCCUCCCCAGGUCUGCGGGGCUUCCCAUGUCUCCCCGGCUCGGCAGAGCAGGGCUCCGCGGGACGAGACCUUAGUGGGUAGGAGGAUUCUUGCGGGACCCCGGCCCCUUGCCCGCGAUGAAGCUGCCCCUCUUUCUCCCCUGGGCGUGCUGCCUCUACGGCUGUACCGUAAGCACCGGCUUCCUCUACCCGUACCCGUCCGCAGCCCUGCAGCACAACUACCCGGAGCACGGCCCUGCACCUCCGGGCAGCGGCUACGCGAACCGCCGGAACUGGUGCCAUCACACAGUGACAAAGAUGGUUUCCUGUCAAGUACAGAAUGGGUCAGAAACAGUGUUCCAGAGGGUGUACCAGAGUUGCCGGUGGCCAGGACCAUGUACGAACUUAGUCAGUUACAGGACCCUGAUCAGACCCACCUACAAAGUGUCUUAUCGAACCGUGACAGCCCUGGAGUGGAAAUGCUGCCCUGGGUUUGCUGGAAGUAACUGUGAAGAGGAAUGCAUGAAUUGCACCCGGUUGAACGACAUGAGUGAGAGGCUGUCUGCACUGGAAGUCAAGAUUCUUCUUCUGGAAGCAGCUGGAAGUGUGGUAACUUCAGAAAAUGAUAUUACCAAGACAACCCCAACUUGGCAUAAAGAUUUCUUACCAGAUGCCAUCCCACUGUCUAAUCCUGGGACUAUGAGAAGGAACCCUUCAGGACAAGUCGGAUUUCCUGGACAGAUGGGGCCUCCAGGACCUGUGGGCCCCUCAGGGCUCCCAGGGCCCCCUGGGUCAAAGGGCGAAAGGGGCCAGAUGGGUGAGAUGGGCCCGAGGGGGCCCCCUGGGCUCCUGGGGCCUCAGGGUCCAAGGGGACUCCCUGGAGAGACUGGGCUCCCUGGGCCUCCUGGACCCCCUGGCCCACCCGGCCCUCCCGGCAGUCCAGGCCUCCUGCCGCCCUUCCAACAAGGGGUUUUGUAUUCCCUCCAGCCCACAGGAGAGAAAGAAAAUGACGAUUCCCAGUUGUCUUCCACCAUAAUAGACACCAUCAUGGCAGGGAUCCCUGGGCCUCGGGGCCCCCCUGGCCCACCAGGCCCCCCUGGACCCUCUGGACCCAAUGGCCCCCCCGGUCCCAUGGGAGCUCCAGGCUCCCAGGGUGAACCUGGUUUAAAAGGAGUAGAAAAGGGAAAAGAGAGUGAGGGAGUCCAGCAGCUUCGAGAAGCUCUGAAGAUCUUAGCAGAGAGGGUGCUGAUUCUAGAGCACAUGAUUGGCAUCCACGACCCACUAGCUUCCACUGAACCAGGUUCUGGACAAGAUGGAGCGUUGGGCACCGCUUUACAGAGCAACAAGAUGAAGCGAGGAGGGCCCCUGGCCCCACCCCAGCCCUAUGACACCAUCUCUUCCUUGCUCGACAACAUUGAACCCAGAAGGAGCAGUAAUGAGAGCAGCAGCAGCCUGAAAUAGGUGGACUCUCAUCCCCCUGUGAUAACCCUGAGAGCUGAUUAAAGAUACAGUAUCUAUCUGGACACAAAUGCUCACAAUUGUGGUCCUGAGCCUAGAGCAAGGGAAGCUGGGGGUUGGAGGGCAGGGGUCUGACUGUGUGAGUGCUGUGCUCAUGGAGGCUCCUUGCUAGCAGUGGUCAUCCUCUCCCUCCCUCUCCCUCCUAUGAAUGGGGGUCUGGGCUGGCAGGAGGGUAACCCCUGAGGGAUUAGAUAUGGGUAUGUGAAUGGCAUCACCACUGGGCAUUCCCAUCCAGGGGCAUCAUGGGGAGAGUAGCCUACCAAAGCCCCACUAAAAUAGAAGGUUUCCCUGUUGGUCCAGCUCUCCAUCAAUGCCUUUAAGGCAAACCAAGCAGGUAAAGCUGGAUGCUCAUUCACAGUGGCUGGAAAUAGGAACCCAGAGCCCCUUCCUGGAAAGUCCUGGCCUGUCUCCAGUGCCCUUGGGCAUCAGGGCCACAGCCAUUAUGCUUCAUCUGCCCCGGAAGGACACCCUAUACUAACCCUGUACCAACUCCCUAGAAGAAGUUCGUCUUGGGGACUCGGCUGUCACUUCUGUCCUCAAAGACUAGGGUCCCUUUUGUUACCCCAAGUGAAAAAGGAAAAUGCAACAAAACAUUAUUUGCCCGUGUUCAGUAAAUAGCCAAAGGGAUUCAGAUGCUCAUGUGGUCCGUUAAACAAGCAAGAAUUUAUUAAGAACCUAGAACAAGUAAUGGCCCUGUACAUCCACCUCCUUCAUUAGCCUUCCCCCACCCUUCACCCGGACUCAAAAUUGCAUUAACCAUAGCAGGGCCGGAAGUGAGAUCCUGGUGAAAACAGGCACUGAGCUGGGUCGGGCAGGCCCGCUCGGUGUGUUCCCAUUCAUCUGAUCUCUUCCCUCCCAAUGUGAUAUCUCAAAGAACAAACAGGAACUGCCUUCAGUGUGUCUGUCCCCAGCAAAGCCUCUGUAGAAGUCCAUCUUGUGGGAAAUACCAAUCAAGAGUUCAUCAGAAUUCUGGGGAAAGAGCAGCAGCAAUUGAAAGGAAGUAACCAAGAAAUAGCCCAUCAGAAGCACAGACCACCAGUCCCUUGGCCAGUUCCCAUCCAAAGACUCCAUCCUCACUCCCACACUCAGAUGACCGCUUGUUUCUGAGGUUUGCUUGUUGGAUUCUUCCCUAAGGCCUCCAUGGAAAAGAAACCCAAUUUGUUGAGUAAGUUCGACUCAUCUAACAACUGGGCCUAAAACAUUGCCUCCCAGCUGAAGUCACUCACUGGACCACUUUCAUUUUUUAAAAAAUUUAAAUUUUUUUUUUAUUUUUGGACCACUUUCAGAUCAGAAAGAUGUCCCACCCAUGUGACUGCAAGUCCCUGGCAUCCGAUCAAUAAUGGAAGCUGGGAGCCCUACGACAGGAUUGAUCCUUUGAGUGGAGGACAGAGAUUUGAACCAGAUUACUCCCUCCCUAGAAUACUGUGCUUGAUUCAUUCCCACUUAUUAAGAUAGUUACUCUGGUCAAGUUCUGUGAGUGAGCAACAUUUCAUGUCCCAACCCUUCAAAUUAGAGUUCAGCAGGGUGCUUGGGGUGGACAGAAAGAGGGCAGAGCAGCAGCCCCACAGCCAGCCCCCAGUCUAAAGGUCACUAACUCCAUCUUCCAAACACAGCAUUUCCUACUCCAACUACUUCCUAAUUGUGUGGUACUGUAUCUUUAAUUUUGGUGCUAUUAGAAGCCAGACUUGGGUGAGCCUUCUCUGGACCUGCCCAACCACCUGACCCUAGGAUGAUAAUCUCACCACCCAAAGUAACUUCCCUAGUUCAGAGAGGACUUUCAAGAGCUUGUACUGUAUCUUAUCUUACAAAGUCCCAUGGAGACUAAUAGCAGAUACCCCAAACUUGCCUGUUGGCCACAGGUGGGUAGCUGAGAUCCUUAUUGGCCGGGCCUUUCAUUUGGCUUCACUCUAUUUCCAUGGGGUGUUCUUUUAUGGGUCUGUUCCCAUCUCCCCAAUAUCACAUCACCACACUGGUCCCCUCUGCAGCUUUUCAGAUUUUCCAAGAUCACCAGCAUCCCCUCCUUUCCUUUUAAAUGAUUUUCCAGCUUGGUUUAUCUCACUGAGGGAAAAAUGGAAAAGAAAGAAAAUUAUUUUCUCUUCUUUGCAUUGAGCUUAGAACCAAGUUGGUUCCAUGCUGGGCUCCCCUCUCUGAUCGUGGUCAGGCUGAAACUCAGUCUGGAACACGAUGGCAUCCUCAGAGAAAAAGCCACAGGGAAGAAGGCUGGCCAGAAUUCGGGCUGAUUCUCCUUUUUCCAAUGGCAUUCCAUGAUGCUGAUUUUAUGACCCGGGGGAACAACCUCCUGGUGUCUAUGAUUACAGGGAAGUAAAUGAAUCCCAAGUUCUCUACAAGUCCACAGAGCACAUUUCUAAGCAUUGAAGAAAAUGCUGGUAUUAUGGUUCAGCGCUCAUUUUUAGACUUUUUCUUAUUUAUGUUGGUGUGUUCUGUACAUGGAAGUGUCCCAACUUUCCGAAUUUUAUUAUAUGCUCUAACCAUUUGUUCCUUAUCUACACAUUACAAUUGUGUGGGCUUUCCCAAAGGAAAACAUUAGCUAGCCUCUGCUUUUUGUUUUAGUAACUCACUUUAACUUGGUUAAAAGUGGCUGCCUGGCAGAAGUGGCCUCCAUGGCUAGGCCACUAGUGGGCAGCAUAUCUCUCUAUUUUCCUGUGACGUUAUGAUUCAUGUUAUUGACUUCUCUCUCUCUUUGCUUUGGUGUUGUUGGGCUGUAGGGGACAUC